ACGUAUUGAAACGACGGUAAGAUAAAGAUGUUACGUUUAUGGUUUAUUUAUCCUAAUUACAUUUUUUUCGGUUAUCAAUAAUCGUUACAAUUGAGUUAAGAUAAUAUUUCGAACGAGAAUAUGUGAUAUGACCCACUUAGCAACCGCUUCUGUUCCACUUUAACAAGUGACGCUCUCCAGGUGUGCUGUCACCUCUUAGGACAUCUGGAGUAUCAUAUAUUAAGAAUAGGAUAUCCCGAAUACGUACACAAUAACACGCGAAGAGCGGCGGCAAAGUGUAGAAAGGCCUUGCUAGACCUAGGGACGACAAAAUGGCGCAUGCGUCGAAUGGCGGUGGCUUCGAACGGCUUUAUGGGGAUAGCAAGAGAACCGUUUCCUAUUUCAAAUAGACGAUCAGACACCGUCGGUUGGCUCGUUCGGUGUGUGCCUUCCGUACCUCGGUAAAACGUGCGUUUUAUAAUACGAGUAAGUGCCAAGUAGGUGACCUCGAUGGGAUUUUGGGCUUCUCUUUUUUUGGAUAAAGGCCAGGAAAAAGGCAUCUGAGGAAUAUUCGUCAUGAGGACAUGACGCUCCGAUAUGAUGACGAAAAAUCUGGUCCGGAUCAUGUGGAUAGUGCACGUGUUAGCUUUAGGGUGUUCGGGUAAUCCAGACGCCAAAAGACUCUACGAUGACCUACUUUCGAAUUACAACAAAUUGGUACGACCGGUCAUCAAUGUCACCGAUGCCCUUACGGUCAAAAUCAAACUCAAAUUAUCCCAACUCAUCGAUGUUAAUCUCAAGAAUCAAAUCAUGACAACGAAUUUGUGGGUCGAACAGGCAUGGUAUGAUUAUAAACUCAAAUGGGACCCAAAAGAUUAUGGUGGCGUUGAAAUGCUCCACGUUCCAUCUGAUCACAUAUGGAGACCGGACAUUGUCCUUUACAACAAUGCCGAUGGCAACUUUGAGGUGACGCUAGCUACGAAAGCAACACUGAAUUAUACGGGACGAGUCGAUUGGAAACCGCCGGCCAUUUACAAGUCUUCCUGCGAAAUAGAUGUCGAGUAUUUUCCGUUCGAUGAACAAACUUGCGUUAUGAAAUUCGGAUCGUGGACUUACGACGGUUUCCAGGUGGAUCUUCGUCAUCUGGAUGAAAUGAAGGGAUCUAAUGUAGUAGAUAUCGGGAUCGAUUUGACUGAAUUCUACACAUCUGUCGAAUGGGACAUUUUAGAAGUUCCUGCAGUUAGAAAUGAAAAGUUUUAUACGUGCUGUGAUGAACCCUACCUUGAUAUUACUUUCAACAUAACGAUGAGAAGAAAAACGCUCUUUUAUACCGUUAAUUUGAUAAUUCCCUGUAUGGGCAUAUCUUUUCUCACCGUUCUUGUCUUCUAUCUUCCAUCCGACAGCGGCGAAAAAGUUAGCUUAUCAAUAUCCAUACUCUUAUCGUUGACUGUCUUCUUCCUACUUCUAGCCGAAAUUAUUCCUCCCACAUCGCUUGUAGUGCCGUUACUUGGUAAAUUCGUUUUAUUUACCAUGAUACUUGAUACAUUUAGUAUAUGCGUAACGGUAGUUGUAUUAAACGUACAUUUCCGUUCCCCCCAAACCCACGUAAUGGCGCCGUGGGUACGAAGAGUCUUCAUCCACAUUCUUCCAAGGCUUCUCGUCAUGCGUCGACCCCAUUAUCCACUAGAUAGUAGAAGUCAUCGUGUAAUGAUUAGAACCUGUAACGGUUUAGAAUUAAGAGAUUCGGGACUAUAUCAAGACGCCUCCGAUUUAACCGAAGAUCCAUCAGGAUUCUUCCCGAAUGCCAGUUCCAUAGACGAACUUACUCCAAGGGAAUUAGAAGCUGGCGUUUUGAGAUCUUGCAGUAUUCACGGUACGACGCCGCCGCCGAGCAUGGGUUUCCAUUUGGGCGAUCAUUUGAUAGAUUCCAAAGGUAUGGAACAUAUAGAGGAACAUUUGAACGACGUUCUGCUCAAAGAAUGUCACCCGUGGCACCACUGUCCAGAAGUACAUAAAGCGAUAGACGGCGUUAGAUUCAUCGCAGACCAUACAAGGAGAGAAGAGGACUCCACUAAAGUGAAAGAAGACUGGAAAUACGUCGCUAUGGUACUCGACCGUUUGUUCCUUUGGAUAUUUACUUUAGCGGUGUUAGUUGGAACGGCGGGGAUUAUUUUGCAGGCGCCUACUUUAUACGACGACCGUAGACCUAUCGAUAUACGUCUAUCGGAAAUAGCAUCGACGACCGCCAAGCCCCAUCUAGCGAUUUCCCUUUAAAAAGACAUUUGAUGUCCGCUAACCCCGUCCCGGAAUAUUAAUCCGUUAGUUUAUUCGAAACGACUAAGGACACAAUACGAAUAAAACGAGAAGAAGAUUUCAGAAAACUAGAUGAUAGACAGAACAAUCGAUAUUCUUCUUCGAUAUUGGUUAUGUAAGAUCGAGUUGUAGCUAACGGGAAAACUAAUAUAGGAAAUGUCAUAUUUGCACUAGAAAAAGAAGAAGUUCAAGUACUAUAAGUGUACUCUACAAUAUUUGACGUUUUAGUUUGACUUAAAAUUGGGAUUCAAGGUGAUUCUGUUACUUAAACUGUUAUUUUGUCACUAUUAAAUACAGAUAUUUUGAGUUUUUUGUUUUUUAUUCUAUUUGUAUGAGAAACUAAUAUAGGAAAUGUCAUAUUUGCACUAGAAAAAGAAGAAGUUCGAGUACUAUAAGUGUACUCUACAAUAUUUGACGUUUUAGUUUGACAUAAAAUGGGGAUUUAAGGCGAUUCUGUUACUUAAACUGUUAUUUUGUCACUGUUAAAUACAGAUAUUUUUUGUUUUUUAUUUCACUACUAUGAAAAACUAAUUUGGGAAAUGUCAAAUUUGAAGUAGAAAAAGAAAAAGUUCGAGUACUUUAAGUGUACUCUUGACAUAAAACUAAUGUAUGAGACACUGUUAUUUUAUAACUGUUAAAUAUAAAUAAAUUGAGUUAAUUUGUUUUUUAUUUUAUUUCUAUGAAAAACUAAAUUGGGAAAUGUCAAAAUUGCACUAGAAAAAGAAGAAGUUCGAGUAAUAUAAGUGUACUCUACAAAAAUUGACGUUUAUUUUAGUUUGAUAUAAAAGGAGUAUUGAAUGAGAUUCUGUUAUUCUGUCACUGUUACUAUACAGAUAUUUUGAGUUUAUUUGUAUGGGAAACUCUUAUAGGAAAUGUGAAAUUUGCUCUACAAAAAGAAGUUCGAGUACUUUAAAUGCACUGUAUAAAAUUUGACAUACUAUUUAUUUUAGAAUAACAAAAUUGAGUGUGAAUGAGAUUCUUUUAUUCAAACUGUUAAAUAUAAAUAUAUUGAGUUGAUUCAUUUUUUAUUUUAUUAAUAUACAGAGUGACUUGACGAAAACUACAAACUAUCAGAAAUUAGCGUUUUUUAAUAAAAAUCUUUAAAUUUAAUGACAUUAUAUACCAAAAUUUAUGACUAUAAAGAAGAAUUCUCAAAACAAUUAUAUUUCAAAUGGAUAAUAUUCAGUAUUUAAUUCAACAACAAAUUUCUGAGUCAUUCUGUAUAGUAUUUCUAAUUUUCAUUCCUAUAUGAAUACUAAAAUAUGCAUAUUUAAAUGUAUAUUAUUCGAAAUAAGCUUUUUUUAUCUAAUAGAAAUUGUAAUAAGGACUAAUAGUCCAGGAAAUGGAAUAAAAUUACAUAUAGAACAAACCACGUAUUGAAAUCUAAAUAAAACCACUUUAUGGGUAAAAAUAUUCCCUAUAUUCAUAUUAUUUCGAUUAUUGGCGGCGUUUAACCGUUAAUAGUUGAAUAAAACUUGUAUUCAAAUGUAUAAACAGCAUUUAAAUCCAAAUUUUUAUGAAAAUAUAUUCGAACAAAUGCACUUCAUUUCCUGGACUAACACAAAGUGUUAUGUGUAAAAAUGUUUUUAAAGUUUUUAAAAAGAAAAAGAUACAUAAUCAAUGAGCUACAGAACGCAGAAAAAAGUUGUUUAAAAUUGUUGAAAAAAAAGUAAAUCGGGAUCAAAAUCAUAUAUUAUCUAUUUCUGUAGUCUGUAGAUAUUAAAAAUGAGGUUUAAUACAUACCUACAUUAAGCUGCGGUUCAUUAAGAGUAUUUUAGGUCAAUAUUAAAAUAUAAAUAUUGCUCGUUGUAUAAAUAAAAUGAACGUUAAAAGAGUUGCUAUUACAAACCAAACACUUUUUGUUAUAAACUGAGAAAUAACAACAGGCGAAGAACGGGGACUCAUUCAGAGAGACUAUACAGCAAAACAAAUACACCAAACAACAAUGAUAGUCAGUACAGAACACAAAAUUAAACAUCAGUGGACUGAGACAUUUGAAGUAAUAAAAAAGAAGACGUAAAAGGAGAAAAAUAAUAUGAAAAAAUACUUUGAAUUAGAAAAAAUGUUGGUUUCAAGAAUGAAAAUGUCAAGACAAGUGAGGUAAUUAAAGAAAUUAUUAAAGCUACAUACAGAUAAGUAUAAAAAGAGUUUUAAAAUAUUGUAUAUGUAAAUAAAUUCACAGAAAAGUCAAAAUGAGUCACUUCAGUAUUUCAUUGUUAGUUUGAACCCUACUUUAACAGAUACAUUAAAAAUAAUGACCAUGUAGUAGAAGUACAAUUCAGAAAUUACUAUUUUUUUGCUACUUAAGAUAGUCACACAGGGUUUAUAGUAGAAGUAACUCUUUUAACUAAAUGAAAUUCCCUGCCUUUCAUAAAACAAAUUUUGAUAAAAAAACUUGGCUUCAAAAUUAUAAAAGUAAAUAUUUUCAUAAUAGUAUGUAAGUUUAUACAUACAGAGUGAUAAAAAUCUCAUAUACGAAACUUGGAAAAACUAUUAUAUAGCUAAAAAUGUAUGUAAUUAAGAAUAUAUUAGGUCUCAAUUUAAGAUUUGAUCACCCUGUAUAGUUUACAACUCCUGGAGAAAGUUGUGGUACUGGCGACAGGUGUAAAAUUUUUAUUGUAUGAAUCACCUACAAUUUGAAAGCUAGGAAAAAUACAACAAAUAUUAAUUGCUCUCACAAAACAAAUACUAUUUGCUUUAUAAACCUUGUUUAAAAAACAUAGAUAUCAUUUCUCACUUGAAUAAAUGAACUAAAUCGAUAUUUUAACCAAUUGUUUAUACAUUUAAUAGUGAAAAUGUAUUUUUUACUUUAAAUAUCCCAUUCCCUAGCUUUCAUAUUAUUGUUACGCAAGUCGGAUUAAUUUUAGAAGAUAGUAUUUAUUAUCUACAAAGGAACCAAAAAAAUGUAGAAAAUUUUGAGUAAUGAAUAAAAGAAUUAUG